AUGAGUACGAUAAUAAAUGGAGAAAUUUUACCAGAUAUGCGGUUUGCCUAUCCUUACAGAAUUCUUUUAAGCGGAUCAUCAGGAGCUGGAAAGACCUAUCUAGCAAAGCAAGUUUUACAACACAGAGAUAUUUUUCAGAAGAAAACAAAACGUGUUGUCUACUUUUAUCCUUGUUUUCUUGAAGAUAAGCCUGUCCAAUGGGAUGAUCUUGGUAUCCCUGUUAGUUACAGGGUUGGUCUGCCUUCUCAAGAAGAAAUUGACGAGAUUCCCUCACACUCAACAAUUGUACUUGAUGAUUUGUACGAGGAAGCAAUUCAAAGUCAGGCAAUUGAUCAUCUUUUUCGAGUUACAAGUGGAAAGAAAAAUCUAAACGUGAUGAUAAUGACUCAAAAUAACUAUGCCCAGGGAAAAUUCGGACGAAAUAUCAAGCUCAACUGUAACGCGACAUUUCUCUGUAGAAACUGUCUUGAUGGAACAGUUAACAAACGUGCUUGUAGUCAAGCUGGACUUCUAAAAGCUUACAAAAGAGCGACGGAAGAGAACAAGAAUAAGCAGUAUCCGUACAUGUUUCUGGAUCAAUCACCUCGAGGCCAUGCCUCGAGCUAUCGACUGUAUACGGAUAUAUUCUCCGAUUAUCCGGUUGUCUUCUCAGUUAGCGGAAUGAAGGCUUGCAUCGUACCAUACAACGAUUUUAAGCAAAAUUUCGAUAUAAUCGACAGAGACAAUACUUUCGAGGCAGUUGAAAAGAAAGAUGCGAAGAAAAACCCGCCGUGCAAAACAGUUGAAUCAACCAGAGUCAAAUCAAAGAUUAGAUGCGACAGUUUUACCGAAGACUCGUCAGAGUCGGAGGUUGAAAGGUCAAGAUCCAGAAAGCGGAGCAAGAAGUCAAGUGUCGACAAGAAAUCAAAAAAGAAAACAAAGAAGCGAAGACGACAGUCAACCUCAAGCGAAGCGUCUUCGGAAGACGACAGUUCCGAGAACGAGAAAUCAAAAUCAAAAAAGAAUAAGCGAAAACGCUCUUCAACCUCAAGCGAAUCCAGUACCGAAUACGUCAGCUCAGACGAAAAAUCAAAAAAAUCGAAGCGAAGAAGAAAUUCAAACUCAUCCGAAAGUCCAAGCUCCGAAGAAGUCAGCUCUGGAGGAUCAGAUUCAAGCCCUUUACGAAAACGUGGCAAGCGCUCCAGCGUUCUCAGCGAAAGUAGCGGAAUUUCUCAGGAAGAGUAA